CGCGACGAGAGCUGGCGGUUGCCAUGGCGAUGCGGGAGCUGGUGGAGGCCGAAUUCGGGCGUGCCAACCCACUCAUGAAGCUGGCCGGGCACUUCACCCAGGACAAGGCCCUUCGGCAGGAGGGGCUGAGGCCCGGUCCCUGGCCACCGGGGACCCCAGCCUCCGAGGUGGUCCCUAAGCCUUUGGGGGUAGCCUCUGAAGAUGAGUUGGUGGCCGAAUUCCUCCAGGACCAGAAUGAACCACUUAUAUUGCGUGCCCCUCAGACCUUCAAGAUGGAUGACCUCCUGGCAGAGAUGCAGGAGAUUGAACAGUCAAGUUUCCGCCAGGCACCCCAGAGAGCCCCUGGGGUGGCAGACUUGGCCUUGUCUGAGAACUGGGCCCAGGAGUCUCUUGCAGCUGGAGAUGCUGUGGAUGUAACGCAGGAUUAUAAUGAGACGGACUGGUCCCAAGAAUUCAUCUCUGAAGUUACAGACCCUUUGUCUGUGUCUCCUGCCCGCUGGGCUGAGGAAUAUCUGGAACAGUCAGAGGAGAAGUUGUGGCUGGGAGAGCCCGAGGGAACGACUGCCAGUGAUCACUGGUAUAAUGAUUAUCAUCCUGAGGAUGAUCUACAGCAUACUGCCAGUGACUUUGUGGCCAAAGUGGAUGACCCCAAAUUGGCUAACUCUGAGUUCCUGAAAUUCGUGCGGCAGAUUGGCGAGGGGCAGGUGUCCCUGGAGUCCGGUGCAGGGUCGGGCCGAGCUCAGGCAGAACAGUGGGCAGCAGAGUUUGUACAGCAGCAGGGUACAUCAGAUGCCUGGAUUGACGAGUUCACAAGACCAGGGAACACAUCUGCCCUUGAUAUGGAGUUUGAACGAGCCAAAUCAGCUAUAGAGUCUGAUGUCGAUUUCUGGGACAAGUUGCAGGCAGAGUUGGAGGAGAUGGCGAAACGGGAUGCUGAGGUUCACCCCUGGCUUUCUGACUAUGAUGACAUCAUGACUGCUUCCUAUGAUAAGGGGUACCAGUUUGAGGAGGAGAACCCCCUGCGUGACCACCCCCAGCCUUUCGAGGAAGGGCUGCGGCGACUUCAGGAUGGGGACCUGCCGAAUGCUGUGCUGCUUUUUGAGGCGGCUGUGCAGCAGGAUCCUAAGCACAUGGAAGCUUGGCAGUAUCUGGGUACCACACAGGCAGAGAAUGAACAAGAACUAUUAGCCAUCAGCGCACUACGGAAGUGUUUGGAGCUAAAGCCAGAUAACCAGACAGCAUUGAUGGCACUGGCUGUCAGCUUCACCAAUGAGUCCCUGCAGCGACAGGCCUGUGAAACCCUGCGAGACUGGCUGCACUAUACACCAGCCUAUGCCCAUCUGGUGGUGCCCAGGGAAGAAGGGGCCAGUGGCGCAGGACUGGGCCCAAGCAAGCGCAUCCUGGGAUCUCUGUUGUCUGACUCCCUGUUUCUUGAAGUGAAAGAGCUCUUCCUGGCAGCUGUGCGCCUGGACCCUACAAACGUUGACCCUGAUGUGCAGUGUGGGUUAGGGGUCCUUUUCAACCUGAGUGGGGAGUAUGACAAGGCAGUGGACUGUUUCACAGCUGCCCUCAGCGUUCGUCCCAAUGACUAUUUGCUGUGGAAUAAACUAGGGGCCACCCUAGCCAAUGGAAACCAGAGUGAAGAAGCAGUAGCUGCAUACCUUCGGGCCCUAGAGCUACAACCAGGCUAUAUACGGUCCCGCUAUAACCUGGGCAUCAGCUGCAUCAACCUUGGGGCUCAUCGGGAGGCUGUGGAACACUUUUUGGAGGCCUUGAACAUGCAGAGGAAAAGCCGGGGCCCUCGGGGUGAAGGGGGCGCCAUGUCAGAGAACAUCUGGAGCACCCUGCGUUCGGCAUUGUCCAUGUUAGGCCAGAGCGAUGCCUAUGGGGCGGCUGAUGCCCGGGAUCUGUCCGCCCUCUUAACUAUGUUUGGCCUGCCCCAGUGACAGUGGGAUGGGCUGCCCUGUGAGUGUCUGUCUGGAGGGGUCCCCGCUCUGCAUGUGACUCCCUCUCCCCAAAUGGGCCUACCAAGGGGGUGGGCUGAUGAUCAUAUGCGGUACGGCCUCUCAGGAGUGGCCUCAAUGUAGGGGUGGGUAGUCUUUGUUCUAGUUCCUACAUAAUUGUAGGAAAAUGAGCUGUAUCUCUUGAGUCCCUUGGUAAUUCAAGGGUGCACACCUGGCUACAGAUCUCUGCAUAUCAUGCCCUUUCUUGGUGCUGCUUUUUGGGUAGGACCCAGAGAUAAUAGGGUAACUGUUGUCAUCAGCUGCCAUUUCUCAUAGGGUCUACCACAUUUGUAAUGUCUGUCCCCCCCGCCCUACUUUUACUAGGAAUUGCGAAUAGUACAGCUUCCUUGGGCAGUUAUGUGUAGGCCAUUCUUCUGCCAUGCACCUCUGUGAUGACCAUAUCUAGGGCGGGAUGGCAGGAGUUGGCCUGUUGGACU